UAAACAAGUAUAGUAAGUAACUAGGGCUUGACUAAGGGGUUGGUUGUAUCGAUAAGCUACACGUAUUAGUCUGCUGCUUUGAUCUGGUCCUGAUCUUGGUCUCCGUCAUCUCAUCAUCUCAAGCGUAGAAGCUGCCAUGUAAACGCCACUCCAGAUCACGAUGACCCCAUCAUCGACAAGCUAAGAAUAGCAUGCGUGCUAGCUAAACUAGAUUAAAGACUUUUAUUCGGUUUCAAGUUUUUGCAAAUUGGCAUCAAGCUUGCUUUGAUCUACCGGCUCCUGAGUGUGUCGUGUGUGUCUGUGUGCGGAUGCUCGUAUAAAAUGUUAUAUCAAAUGCUGAUCCCACUGAUCCUGCCUGCGCUCAGUCCUCCGUGAACGGAUGAUCGGAUGUCUCGCUGCUGUUGCGUCGUCGACUCUCCAGUAUUCGGGUUGCCUGCUCCAGUGUCUCCUUGUAGAACAUGUUCUUGGCAUCGUCGCUGGGCAGCGAGUACUUUGAGUUGUCCCAGCGCCAAGUCAGACCCAGGACAAUAUUGAAAGCGGAUGCAUCGUAGCCAUGGCAGCCAGAGUACCGAUACAGCGGCUUCUUGUUGAAUUUGCAGCCGUUCGAUUGGGCACCUGGGGACACAUACCGGGAUACAUACAAAUUAGAUAAACGAUUAACUGGAAAAAGCUGUGCUUAUCAACUAUCAACGAAUUAUCAUCUACCACAGUGCCAAUUAGCCAAAUAUCAGAUAUCAAAUAUUAUUCGUUGGUCGAAUGGUAAAAUGGACACGGCAAUAAUAGCGGAUAAAUCAGCCAUCCAGGACACGGCUAUCCAAUGCGAGCUGCUUCUCCCACAAGGACACCGCCGGAGGACCUACGUAUUCGACAUAGCAGACAUUUGCCUCAGACGCCGUCUAGUGCGCCGCUUCUAUGGAUUGCUAGUCCUUCAGGUGGCCUGCACCCUGCCCUGUCUGAGGGUGAUGUUGGACUACCCACCGCCCUAUCCCGGAGCGAUGGUUUCGUUUUUCUAUCUGAUGACCCUGUUCCUGUACACGUGCCUCUACGUGUGGCGCGAUUGGCGCCGACCGGCACCCUACAACUACCUCGUCCUGCUCCUCAGCACGGCGAUUAGCUCGCUGAACCGCAGCUUCUAUCUGAUAUACAUGGCCAAGUCGCAUUGGAUCUACGCCUACCCCAUCAUUCUAAUGGCGGAGCUUUUGGCGCUGAUGCUGUACUCGGCACAGGAGCGCUUCAGAUUCACCCAGGCUCGGGGCAUUCUCAUCAUAUUUCUUGUCUUUGGCAUGUUUUCCCUGAUGGCCUACAGGCUGAACCUGCUGUUUCAGAUAGUCUACAGCAUGGCCUGCACAUUCGAGGCCUGGUAUGUGGUCUACGACACCCACUGCAUGCUCUGCGGACGCCAUGGCUACCAGAUUGGCGCUGGGGAAUAUGUCUAUGCCGCCGGUAGCAUUCACUUCGAUCUCCCCAGGUGCAUAUGGAGGUUGCUGAAGAUAUUGAUCCUAAGCAAGUUCGUUGAGGCUUUCCGCUGGAUACAGGAAUGCUUCAGAACGGAGGUCUGCUAGUCUGGCAGCUCCCAGCUGUCCCCAAAAUAAAUGUUAUUUUUAAAUUAAUUUCGUCAUUCAAAAUUUCGUAAUAAAGCAGUGCCACCGUGUU